AUGGCCCAUUAUCCUGGCGCUUUGAUUUGUUUGUCGCUGUGCUUUAUUUGUUGCGCUGUCGCGAGCCUCGCCGACAGAUACAAAGAUUACGAGAUCGUUAUACCGAGGAAGGUGAACGAACUGGGGGAAUUCGUGAGCCAUUCCCUGAGCCAUUACCAUAAACGGGACGGCGAUGGUCCAUCGGAUAAUCUCCACUAUAGUGUGCCGAUAUCCGGCCGGGAUCACCAUUUGGAGCUGUUGCCUAAUCGUAAAAUUUCAAGUCCCGGGGCACUUGUGGAGACGAUCUCGCGCGCCGGAACCAAACAGUUCAAACGGAUGAGUGACAACAAUCGAUGCCAUUUCGGUGGAACGGUGAGAGGUGUCCGAGGAUCGCGUGCCGCUGUCUCCACAUGCAACGGUUUGGCAGGUUACAUACGGACCGACGAUGGACAUUACCUCAUCGAACCUGCAGCUCCGAUCUCGUCCGCAUCCGGUCCGCAUCCUCAUGUCGUUUACAAGGAUAGUGGAGAUGCAAAGGGGAAUUGCGGAUCGGAUGUUCGGAGGAGGAAUGCGCGCGAUGGUGUUAAUGCGACCGCGGGAAUUGCCUCCGUCGACGUUCCAAUAGAAAUGCACAUUGAGUCCUUGGUAGUCCUUGAUCAAGCCAUUCUCCGAUACCGCAAGGAAAUCGAUAUCGAGAACUUCGUGCUCACGGUAUUCAACAUGGCAAGUGCAUACACAUUACUGCUAUACAUACACGCAUUCCUCUCCUGCGACAAUUACUUUUAA